CCUCUCACCCCACAGGGCAGAGGUGAGUGGAGGGAAGUCUCCCCCCAACCUCUUUUUUGGCCUAAGUCUGUGUUGAUUUCAGCCGGUAGGCACUUGAUAUGAACAGAUUAGCUGGGAGGGGCUAGAAUGCUGUGUACGGCUGCAGGGGGGUGGAGGUACACAGGAGAAAAGAUAUUUAAGAUGCUGAGAGAUAGAGACUUCCAGAGUGCAGAGACUCCUACAGGAAAGGGCUGCAGAAGUCCCCUUUAGACUCCACCUUCACUGAGAGAGACGGGGAGAGAAACAGAGUUAGGGCACCAGCGUGCUGCAGCACUUUCUGUGUCCCUGCUGCGCUCACAGCCUCUGCAGUGGACUCAGUCAGAGAACUCCAGAAUUCUCACUGCAGAGAGGGAAAAUGCCAGUGAAAGUCACUAUGCAACUGGCAUGGCUCUGUGUUAUCACCUUGUCCUUGGCCAUCUACCCAGCGUGGCUGCAGAAGCCUCCCAAGAGGAAAACGACCAACGGGAACACCCAGCUCAAAAUGAUGGGCUGCUGCAAUGAGAUGAAAGAGCUCAAGCUGCAGAUAGCCAAUCUGAGCACCAUGCUGGGGGCGCUGAGCAAGAAGCAGGAAGACGACUGGGUGAAUGUGGUUAUGCAGGUAAUGAAGCUGGAAGGGAGCACCAAGCAGAUGGAGACCCGGCUUAUUGAUGCCGAGAGCAAGUACUCCGAAAUUAACAGCCAGAUAGACAUCAUGCAGCUGCAGGCAGCCCAGAUGGUCACACAAACCUCAGCUGCAGAUGCUGUCUAUGACUGCUCAUCUCUUUACAAGAAGAAUUACAGAAUCUCCGGGGUUUACAAGCUGCCACCUGAUGAAUUCUUGGGGAGCCCCGACCUAGAGGUGCACUGCGACAUGGAGACAGACGGUGGUGGCUGGACCAUCAUCCAGAGGCGCAAAGUUGGCCUGAUCUCUUUCAACAGAGAUUGGAAACAAUACAAGGAAGGAUUUGGCAACAUCCGGGGAGAUUUCUGGCUAGGGAAUGAAAAUAUCUAUCGGCUCUCCAGACGCCCGACCAUGCUGCGAGUAGAGCUGGAGGACUGGGAAGGCAACAUCCGCUACGCACAAUAUAACCACUUCACCCUGAGCAAUGAGUUGAAUAGCUACCGCCUUUUCCUGGGGAACUACACCGGCAACACAGGGCACGACUCCCUAAGGUACCACAACAACACAGCCUUCAGCACCAAGGACAAGGACAACGACAAGUGCGUGGAUCACUGUGCCAAGUUCCGUAAAGGUGGAUACUGGUACAACUGCUGCACAGACUCCAACCUGAAUGGGGUUUACUACCGCAAAGGGGAAAAUACCAAAAACACGGAUGGAAUCACCUGGUAUGGCUGGCACGGCUCAACCUACUCCCUGAAAAGAGUCGAGAUGAAGAUCCGGCCAGAGGAUUUCAAACCCUAGGGGGAACCAACACUCAAUUGUAAAGCUACGGUGACACUGCUGCCCUGAGGGGAAACAGCCUGGAAUCUCAAAACCAGCCACUGAAAUGGUUUACUUCAUCUAGAAAGUGUGCGAAUGCAAGGGCUAUAUACUCUGACUAUGCAUCACACAUUAGUUCUGAGGCAGACAUGGGGGAGAGGAAAGGCACCAACAUUACCAUGGCUCAGCCCAGUUCUGUUCUCUUGAGGCACUCUCUCCUCAGCAGGAUUCACGCUAUGUUAGAAUAGGCACAUCCUGCAGUAGCAGCAUCUUCAGGAAGGAUAUGUUGUGGUUACACUAGUACCGGGACUUACAGUGCCUUAUUGAUUGACCAGUUAGAGUUUAGGACAAAUGCAGCUUUUACCCUCCUUUUUGCCAUCUCUGUAGCGUUUAGAUUCAUUGAGGGUGAAUACAAAUCUUGCCAAGGAAGAUAGUUUCUAUUAAGACCCAAGAAACAGAGGGAAGGGGCUUUUAUUUCAGACCCUUCAAACAACGUAGAAAUAGCCACAAUGAGAUGUUCCUCCAGUGCAUGUUAAUUGCCCCAUUCUCCCCAUACAGAAAAAGCUAGGUUGAAGCUUUAGGCAAUUGCAUGUUGCACCGGCUCUUUCCUGAAGUCUCAUCACCACCUUCUGGCCACUAGUCACAGGAAAACACCCAUGCAAGACUAUACUCCCAGGAAGAGUGCUUUCUGGGAAAGACCUCAAGUCCCAUCUGCUCUAGGCUAUGUGGAGGUAGGAGAUCUAUACUAGAAAGCACAUGAGGGACUGGGAUGCAACUCUCUGAGUUGCAAUGAACUGAUUUUCAACUUUACUAGUGUUCCUCUUGGAACACAGAAGGGCCAUUUUGUGCCACCUCAUCAUACUAUCAGCUAGACCAGGAGCGAACAGGGAGCAAACAUAGCCAGAAGCUUUUUAACAUAGACACUGUAGUCCAAAACACAAGGGAGGGGGGAGGGGAAGGGUCUUUUAAUGUUUAAUUGGAAAAAGGCAUGUUAAUGGAAGUGCUAAUAAACAAGGGAUCAAAUAAUAGAGAUUAUGUGUGGCUCUAACACAGCAAAGGAUCCUGGAGAAUAUUAUGCACUAAGAGAAGCAAUCUCGAGUGGUUUGUGUUGUCACUGGGACUCAAGUUAUAUUUAAAAGCUUUACUCCAUCGAAUCUCUAUUUUAUGAUGCUUGAUCCUGCACCUCCAGAUGCUUUUAACUUUCUGUUUUUACUUAAAGAGAAGCCAGAUGUGGGAAAUAUUUAACACUCUGCUUUAUGAUUUACAAGCAUAGGAUUAUUCACCUUGGAUCAGACCGCUAGUCCAUGAAGAACACAGUAUUGCCACUAGCUUUGACCAGUAUUCGAUGCUUUAGAGAAAGGCAAAAUACACCAGAAGAGGCACCUAGUAAAGUUUACAGCGCUGCCCACAUGUCAGGGGUGGGGUGGGAGAGAAGGAGCACAUUAUUCCUUUCAUUACGGUAUUGAAUUACAGUGCGGGGGAGGGAUAGCUCAGUGGUUUGAGCAUUGGCCUGCUAAACCCAGGGUUGUGAGUUCAAUCCUUGAGGGGGCCAUUUAGGGAACUGGGGCAAAAAUUGGGGAUUGGUCCUGCUUUCAGCAGGGGGUUAGGCUAGAUGACCUCCUGAGGUCCCUUCCAACCCUGAUAUUCUAUGAUUCUAUGAAAGUUCAAAGGAAUGCAUCUGGGAGCAGAGCUCUAAGGGAAGCCAGAGAAUCCUCAAGUGCCAAGGGAAAUUAGAAAUGUACAAAACCCCUCACUCGCUGGUGGGAUGCCAUACCCAGGAAUUUCCAGGUGUGUUUUUGUAGGGUUAUUUUUUUGUAAGCACUGCCUAAAAGUUCCACAUUGAAAAUCAGCACAUUCCAUUUGCUUACCUAAGAGUGUCUUGAAAAAGAUGGUUAAAAAAGGGCAGCCACACCAUUGCUUGAAUAUGUAGAAAAAGAUGGUUAUAGUUAAUAUAUCUAUUUUUAUUCACUUUAAAAAAACAGAGCUUGAGCCUAAUUUAAAAUUUUCUGUUUUAUGCGGAACAGGAGAUAAAGGUUUCCUGGGAAAUGCCUUAUAUAUGUUGACUAUUCAUACUGCACAUUGGAACAGCAUUGUAUACAAAUAUGCAGUCUGUGUAAUGGAUUUUUUUUAUACCAAAUUUUCCAUAUCUGUAAUAGACUCAUUUUUAAACCUGUU